AUGUCACAAGCACAAUCACAAUCACAGGGUAAACAAAAAGAUAUCGAUAUAGAUGACUUUUUAGGUGUCAAUCUAGAUCCCAAUGGUUCAACUUCAGAAUUACCAAUUCCUAAGCGUAAAAAAGUUAAUAAUUUAAAUGAAUCUCAUUUCUUACAACAGAAAGGUUUACCAUAUUUAAGGAAAAAUUGUGCAAAAGCUUUGAAACCAAGGAUACAACAUAAAGAUGAUUAUAAAAACUUAACAAAUUUUUUAAAUUUUUAUCAAUUAUGGGGGCAUUCAAUUUAUCCAAAAUCAAAUUUUAAAGAUUUUUUAGAAAUGACUACAAAAGUUGGUAUCAAAUCACAAGCUGUGAAAACAAUGAGACAAGGUUUCAUCUCUGAAGAUAUGGAUAAAGAAAGAGAAUCACUUGCUGUACAUCUACCUGGUGGUGAUGAAGAAGUUGAAGGAGGAAAUAAAGAUAAUGAUGAUGAGCUGUUUGGUCCAGAGUUAGAUCAUCAACAAAGUAAUAACCAUAAUGAUGAUGAUGAAGAUGAUGAUCAAAUAACUAAAACUACACAGAGGAAAAGAAAUAAUAUGUUUGUUGAUGAAGAUGAUGAAGAAAAUUAUGAAAAUGAUGAUUUAUAUUCUGUUCCAAAGAAGGUUGAUGAAGAUAAAGAGAAAGAGAAAGAACCUGAAAAGGAAGUGGAAAAGGAAGCUGAAAAAGAACCUGAACUUACAAAAGAACCAACUACCAAACCACCAACAUCCACAACUCCAGAUGGUUUCGAUGAUGAUUUCGAUGAUGAUGAUCUUGAUGAUUUAUUAUCAAAACCUAAACCAUCACAAUCACAACCAAAAUCACAAUCACAACAAGAUGAUGAAAUUCCACCAGAAUUUCUCAAUAAACCAUCACAAACCUCAUCCAAACCUGGAGAAAUCAACUAUGAAGAAGAAUAUCAAGAUGAAUGGGACAUUUUAGAAGAAAUUGGUCAAUAA